AUGAGUCAGACCACCAUCAUUCUGGGCGCAGAUGGCAACACGUCUGUUCAGCCCGGCGCCGUGACCGGGGUAAGUUCCCAGGAGGACGAGAGUGGAGAUGAGAAUAAGGCCAGGGGAAACUGGACUAAUAAAUUGGAUUUCAUCCUGUCCAUGGUUGGUUAUGCCGUGGGACUGGGAAACGUGUGGAGGUUUCCAUACCUUGCCUUCCAAAAUGGUGGAGGUGCUUUUUUGAUCCCCUACCUGAUAAUGUUGUGCCUCGCCGGGAUCCCUAUCUUUUUAUUGGAGGUUUCCCUGGGUCAGUUUGCCAGCCAGGGCCCGGUGUCCGUGUGGAAAGCCAUUCCAGCUCUGCAAGGUUGCGGGAUUGCCAUGUUGAUAAUAUCUGUCUUGAUAGCCAUAUACUAUAACAUUAUUAUGUGCUGGACACUGUACUACCUGUUCGCUUCGUUGAAGGGCUCACUGCCAUGGGCUAACUGUAAGAACGAGUGGAACACGUUGGACUGUAAGGACAAAGACAUGCUUCUCUUAGACACGUGUAUCCUCCAUGAUAAAAACAUCACCUCUGUAAAGAACAGCUCGUUCUGUCUGUCGGCUCAAGCCAUUGGAAACCUGAGCAAACUGGUUAACAUGACCUAUCCGGACAACCAAACGUACGUCAGCCCCAGCGAGGAGUACUUCAAGUACAAUGUCUUGCACAUCUCCAAAGGGAUAGAGUACCCUGGAGACAUCCGCUGGCCCCUCGCAGGCUGCUUGUUGCUGGCCUGGUUGAUAGUCUACCUCUCCCUGGCCAAAGGAAUCAAGUCAUCAGGGAAAGUGGUGUAUUUCACAGCUACGUUCCCCUACGUGGUUCUGGUCAUUCUGUUGUUCAGAGGAGUGACCCUUCCAGGGGCUGGCGACGGCAUCCUCUACUUCAUCACACCCAAGUGGGAGAAACUCUAUGAUGCUAAGGUGUGGAAGGAUGCUGCCACCCAGAUCUUCUUCUCUCUGUCAGCAGCCUGGGGAGGCCUCAUCACACUGUCUUCUUACAACAAGUUCCACAACAACUGCUACAGGGACACCAUCAUAGUGUGCAUAGUUAACAGUGCCACCAGUAUAUUCGCUGGGUUCGUCAUCUUCUCCGUCAUUGGAUUCAUGGCCCAUGAACUGAAGGUGCCCAUUGAGAAGGUGGCAGAUGAAGGUCCAGGCAUAGCAUUUGUGGUGUACCCGGAGGCUCUGACCAGACUUCCACUCUCUCCGUUCUGGGCCAUCAUAUUCUUCCUCAUGCUGCUGACCCUCGGCUUGGAUACCAUGUUUGCCACCAUUGAGACCAUAGUGACGUCGGUGUCAGAUGAGUUCCCCCAGUAUCUGAGAAAGAACAAGCCUCUGUUCACGCUCAUCUGCUGUGCCUGUUUCUUCUUCCUGGGAUUCCCUAUGGUCACAGAGAAUGGGAUGUACAUGCUCCAGUUGGUGGACACGUAUGCUGCCUCUUACUCUCUGGUCAUCAUUGCCAUCUGUGAGCUAAUCGGAAUCUCCUACUUCUAUGGCCUGCAGAGGUUCUGCGAGGACAUUGAAAUGAUGAUUGGCUUCCAACCAAACCGCUUCUGGAGAAUCUGCUGGGCCUUUGUGACUCCAACCAUUCUGACUGGUAUCCUGGGGCUGAGUCUGUACCAGUGGAAGGUGAUGACCUAUGAGGACUACACCUACCCCCCCUGGUCCAUGGUGAUGGGCUGGCUGAUGGUGGUGUGUUCUGUCAUCUGGAUCCCAAUCAUGUUUGUCAUCAAAAUGCACUUGGCCCCGGGCAGCUUCAAGGAGCGUCUGAGGCUGGUGUGCUCCCCUCAGCCCGACUGGGGUCCCUUCCUGGCAAAGCACAGAGGGGAGCGCUACAAGAACAUGAUGGACCCCCAUGGAUCCAACUCCCUGGGCCUCAAACUGCCCCCCAAAGAUUUCCAGCUGGGCACCUACCAGUAG